UAAAAAGAAACUUGAAACUUGAACUUAGCUUUGCAAAAAUUUGCAUAGCUGUCUCUUUCAUAAUUUUAAUUUUGCUUCCCGCCCGCCGGCUUGACGGUUUGCUUUUGGCACGUGCAAUUUAUUAGUUUUACAAAAAAAGAAAACUUUCAAUUUCCAAAACAGUUGAAUACUGAUGGUGGCAGUGGGAUAAAUUGUUCCGCAGAUUAACCGUGCGUGAUGUCGUCUCCAAUUCGUUGUCGCGGUUCAUGGAAAAUACAAAAACGAGCGUCUGAUCCAGACAGAUGGCUUGACGAGAUGGGCUUCUUUCGUAAACACACCGCUAGGGACUCGAGUUGCCUUUUCAGAGCGGUGUCUGAGAGCGUGUAUAACAGCCAGCGAUACUUUCACAAGGUUCGAUUGGAAUGCGUGCGUUUCAUGGCUGCUAAUAGACACCUCAUCGAAGGGUCGUUGAAUUGCCCAUUUGAGACUUAUUUGAAAGAGAUGUCGAACCCGUCGGAGUCUGGAGGUCUCAUUGAGAUCUCGGCCAUGAGCCACUUGUAUAGACGCGACUUUGUUAUAUUUGAGGCUAAUAAAGGUCCACAAAUAAAAAUAACUAAUGGCUACAAUAAAACAAUUUAUUUGUAUUACUCAACUGAAAUGAAACAUUUUGAUGUGAUUUAUACCAAAGAUUUCAUUAACAAUUCUUCAUUUUGUCAAUCAUUAGUAUAUGAAAUUCUAUAUAGUGGUGUAUACCAGCUGCAAGAUCUAGCUUAUGCAGUCGACAAAAUGCUCCACGACAAAACCCCGAUGAACCACAUUGAGUAUUUCAUGUCGGAGAAUGUAGAACGCAGACGUAAGCAAAAAGACAGGGCUAAAAUUUAUAUUGAAGCCGAUGUCGAUGAGAAAGAUAAUAACAACAACACUCUCUCAUUAAAAUGCAAGCAUCAUACAAAGGAUGCAGAACAAGCAGGUUUAUUGAAGGAUUCACUAAGCAUAUUUGUUUUUAAUCGAAGUCUCAUACAGUUGGAGAAUGUUUGCCUAAACUGUUUGAACAUAAAUAGUGCUAAAGAUCUCUUUGAUAAUGGAAUAACACCCUUUCCUUACAAAGUUGCCAAGGCAUUAGAUCCUGAUAUCUAUAGGAAUAUUGAGUUUGAUGUUUGGAGCGAGAUGAGAAGAGAGUUACGUUAUGGUCCUAGAUAUUCUGAUGGAACAACUCUACAAGUUGGAGUUAAGUGCUUAUGUAAAUUGGAAUCCGAACAGCCUGUUCCCUUCCACUGUCACAUCCAAGAAAUGAGACCUGAUGGUGGCCCGUGCCUUGUCUUCAUUGAAGAAUUGGGGGAAAAGAGACUAGUAAAUUAUGAGCAACUAGAGCCCCUGCCUUUAGAGCAAGUUAGACCAUGGGCUCCUCCAUACAGAUAUUGCCGGGCCAACUCUCAAUUGAUGAACAUAAGCCAAAUGUUGCAGCAAAUAGGCAACAUGAAACGAAAAAAUGGCAUCGGUAAGCCAAGGAAGUCUAAAGAUGAUGUCAAAAGCCCUGAUAAAGGUUCCAAAUCUCCCAAAACCUGGACUGUGACAGAGGAAACGGACAUUACUGAAUAUCUGAAAACAAGCCAUACUCCAUAUAUGGAUUAUUACAGUUUUCAACCUAUACCUGUUAGUUUUAGAGAUUUUAAGGUCGAAGUACAAGCAUAUCCGCUAAUGGUGGACUGCAGGCCGGGAGCGGGCGCUCCGCCUCACGAGCUCCCGCACCCUGCUCCGAACGGUGCUCCACCUGACAAUCACCACAACCAGCAACAACAGCCACCGCAGCAACCACAGCAGCAGGCAGGCGGCAGCGGGGACAUGGGAACUCACAACGUCAGCUCUCCGGCCAUCAGGGUGUCCACACCUGCUACCAAUACUACUGCUCUUGCUACUUAUGCGGGCGGCAUGGGCACGGGCGGGUACGGCAUGUGCGCGCCCUACAUGUGCGGCGUGAAGCCCGUCAUGUGGUCCCCAGCGCCCCCCGCCGCCGCCGCGCCCCUUGCGCCCCCCGGACCUCUCGCCCCCCUGGCGCCUCCGCCGCCGCCCCUCAAUCCGCACGUCUACAAGAGCGUGCAGCCCAAUGGAUCUGAUUUGCCUAUGAACGACAUCCCGACGUUGCGUUACUACUACAACCUGGGCGUGGAGUGCAUGUGGGCCGCCUACGGGCCGCCGCCCCCGCCCCCGCCGCGACACUACUCGCCGCGGGACCUCGCCCACGACAUGCAGCAAAUGUCGAUGCACGACCGGGGAAUGAACCACAACGCUGACCAGAACCACAAGCACAAGGGCGGCCAGGGCAACGACAAGCCCCCCAUGAACAACCAGGGCAAGGGGAACGGACAGAGACCACUGCUUGGCCCGAGAUUCAAGCGCGGCGGUAACAAUCACGAUGGUAAUCAGAACUCGAACCAUCAGAACAAGGGCCACAACAACAAUAUGGGCAAGGGACCCAACAAUCGGCGCAAUUCUCAAGCCGAAGUCCGCGGUCCGACCUACAGCGAGGAGUGCGGCUCGCCACUCCCAUACUCCGCGCUGCCCCUCCCGUACCCCGCCCCGGCUCUCUACCCGCUGCACUACUACCCCGUCGAACAUGAUCCCGCCAUGAUGGGAAUGAUGGGAGUCGGAUACAUGGGCUACGAGGAAACGGUGGAGUACUCCGGGAUGCCGUACUACCAGCCGCCCUACCCGCACCCGCCGCCGCCCCCCCACAUGGAACACAAGUAGGCCCCCCCUACUGGCUGCUCCACAUCAACAGCCACUGUCUGGUGAAGAAUAAAGUGCUGUUAGUUUUUUUUAAAGAAGUUACAACACUGUCCAAUGUGCUUAGUGGGAGUUUUUUAACGUCCUCGUUUUUAGCGUUAAAGUUAACUCAUAUUUGUAUGGAGCUGGAAAGUAUGUCUACGUUUGCCACUAGGGGCGCUGUUUCAAUUUCAUACAAAUUUGACUUAACUUUUACGCUAUCGAGAACGUUAAAAAUCUCGCACUAAGCACACUGGUAAUCACGCUAUUGUUAUUUACGAACAAACACCCGUUUAAAAUCGCUCAGUAGUUGAAUAUUUCAUAAAUAUAAACAUUAUAAUUAUAGGCACGUCGCCAUCCUUAUAAAACAUUGAACGGUUGACAUCAUAUGAAAUUACUAGUUUGGAAGUACUUUUAGUCAGUUGCCUCAGCGAGUCGCGGGCCCCGCGUGCCUGGUGAUGUCCAGGGCCACACACUCACUGAUACUGUAUUUAAACAUUCUAAUUUUUAAAUUAAAAUCGAGUUCAAUCUCUGUAAUAUCUUUAUUUGUCCGUGUCGAGAAUAACAUUUAGAAUACGCAACAUAAAAAAUGAGUAAUAUUCAUUUAGUUUGAAAUUCAAAGUGUCGGCGCGUAUUGCGUAGCUUGAGAAGUGAUGCACGUGAGCCGUGGACCCGGGACAGCACUGUCGCACGACACUGGUGAGCUGCUGCCCCGGGGCCCGCGCCUGUCUAUCAGUGUCAUUAACACAAGACCGUACAGCAAAACCGUAAAGUAUGUUCAAACGCAGACUGUAAGAUAAUUACCAAGAAUAAUAUAUUAGUUUUGAGAAAACGCAUCACGGGGUCCCGACCUGAUGGCGAUAGUCAACCGAUGGGUCAAACCAUUCAGUUUUGCUGAUUUCUUUUCUAGUUUUUGAACGCGAAUGUGUUUUGUGUCGGCGCGGGUAACGCUUGCUUUUAUUUUUGGUAAAUUGUCAAUUGCGGAGUCACUUGUGUCAUAACUUGAAGUUUUGAAUUUAAAAGAAAAAAAAAAGAAAAAUGUUAUCAAAAACAAAACAAAAAAAAAACAUAUUAUGCAAAAAAGAAUUUAAUAAUUUCCUAAGGUUUAAAUUUAAUUUUUAAGAUUCCAUAAAUACGUAAUAGUAUUAUAAAAAAAACAACAAAAAGAGAUUGAAACUGUUUACAGUUAUUAUAAUAUAAGGGAUUUAAAAUGAAAAAUCCGAAGUAGGUCGUCAUCGUCCCAGGAGACAGCCGGCUUCACAUAAUGCGGCUAAUAAAAUUUGUACGUCAAAGUGAAUGAAAUGUCAGUGAAGGUUUGUCAUCUUGGAAAUAAGGGUCGAUUUAAGACUAUCUGGCCUUGAACGUAGUGAUCUUCGCGUUAGAAACCCGGCGGUCCCUAUUUUAAACUAGGGCGCGUCCAGUGGCGUGGCGGUCUUAACUCGCUCCUAGGCACAAUACUUUUUUAGCGUAAUAUUUUCCAAAAAGCAAAAUUAAAAUUAUCCAACAUCUUUUGUUUUGUGUACCAUUUGGCACUCCCUUUGUGAGUAGCGCCCCCCGUUGUCCCCCCUUGACCCCUCCUCGCUACGCCGCUGAAUGCGUCCAACUUUGGAAAUUGGGUUUUCGAGACGAUUGGAGUCGAUAUCGAUACUAGCGGUGCACGCGGACGAGCCGCGCGUAAAAAUGAAGUCAUGUUUUUAAAUUUAACAUAAGUCAAUUAAUUAUGUACCUUUAGUGAUUAGGUUUUUGUAAUUAUUAUUUUUUUAAUAUUCGCGCGGGCGUUGAGUUCGUCAAUUUUGACAAUUAGGAUUUUUCUAAAUUGUUAUUAAAUUACGAAUCGAUUAGAGUGUUUGACAAUAUUUCGAUUACAGAACCUAGUCCAGUAAGGUUCAGUCGGGCCACUAGGGACAGACUGAUAAAAAACCAAUUAACAUUUAAAUUUAUGAACAUGAGUCUCCUUCAACAAGUCCGCGCCGUGCAGCAUUUGAUGCGUUUUUGACAAUCAUUUUUCGCGCGGCUCUAUCUCUCUCUCUCUCUCUUUCUCUCUCUCUCAUAUAAUUAUAUAGUAAUUUGAUGUCUAAAUGUAACGGUUUGUUGUAGUCGUGUUUGUAAAUUUUUAUACGUAAUAAGUAUGUACUUAGGUUUAAUUGAUGUGAAAUAUAAUAUCGGCCACGGAAUUCGACUGACCCUUCAAUUCUUCGCAGUUCAAAAGACAGAAUCUCUUUUAUUAACCCGUUUACGGUUUUCGGUCUGAGAUUGCAUGUAAUUAACGUAAACGGUCGUCAAUUAAAUCGGAUAAAUGUAGUGCCAAAUAGUUACUACUGUAAAGCUGCUUUUAGACUACGCUAUACUAUAGUGCCAUAUAGUAUAGCAGCGUAUACUUAGCCAAUAAUAUAUAGUACAGUACAGUGUGAACGUGUCUAUAAAUAACAAUAUAUGGUGCGCGAUAUCGUUGUGCUAUGAGCUAUAUACUAUAUGCUAUUAUAUUAUAGCGUAGUCUGAAAGCGACUUUAUGGACUUGCGUCCUCUCUCAGCGCAGAUUAUUUUUAAAGCCAUAAAGUGGGUUGGACGUUAUCGUGCCGUAACGUCACUCAUUACGUCUUCGAAGUGAGAUUAGGAUCAACAUAUCCCGUGGCGUUGUCUGAUGUUUGAUGAUCGGAUGAUCACGAUACCUUUGAAAGGUUUAGAUUCUCUCUUAACACGACAUGAGCGACCCCCGCCGGUCCCCCGGGCACCAGGCUGCCCCCACCCCUACCCCCGCUCGUAUGUCAACACAGAAAUGUGAUUCAAUAAACACCAAGGGUGUACUGGACGGUCGGAUCUACGAAUUUAAAUUAAUUAUUAUUCUUCCACUGUCAAAAUGUCAAAUGUCAUGUUGUUGUCAAAAUUACGAGAUAAAUCCCCGUUUUUUUUUGUUGUUGUUUUUAAUUUGUUUACUCUAUGGUUUUCGUGGCCGAAAAGUAUGAAGCACGCGUGAUUUGACGUUUGCCGGUAACGAGGAGUGGAAUUCUACUAAAAGUGACUGUUAAGUUGAUUUGACCUAUUUAUGUGUCGUUAAGUGUAGGUACGUUUUAGUCAAAAGUUCGUUGACUGAACAGUUUGAACAUGAUUCUUUUGCUUCUGAUUGUUUAUGAACAGUAAAUUGACAUUAAUAAUAACAUAUUUGAAACGCAUUUUCGCUAUUCCUCAAAGCAGAAUUGCUAUAAAGCUCUAAAUUUUAAGUAUUUGUUUGGACGUCUAUCUAUACACGUUCAAGUAAUUUUACGCAUACCUUAACUGUCACUUUCAGUAUUAUGUUUAAGGAGUUUGACUGAUGAAUUUGCUUAGCACAAUAUGAAGGAUUCCAAUAAAGUUAUAUUUCGAAAUUUUCACACACACACGGUCCCCCGCGCACUGCGCACCUUCUGUGAUCAUUAAACGACUGAUAUUAGAUCUAAAAUUUUAUAUACUUUGUGCCCGAGGGUCGCCUGUACAAGCUUGGUAAAUUGUUACCCUUCGUAUGACAUGUUUUUUUGUUAUUGCCCUCACCAGACAUCUCUCUUCAACAGCAUUUUCAAACAUUUAUCACAAUUACGACUAUAUUAACUGACGAUAUGAAAUUCUUGAAUAUAAAUUCUCAAAAUUAUCCUCGGCCAUCGGUAUUGUCACUGUUCGUAACAUCGGUAGCCGUUGACGAUAAGUUGGCGUGAGCAGCGCGACCCUCGGGCGCUGGGCGUCAGAUGUUGUAUGUUUUCGAAAACGGUUUUUGUCCGUCGUCCCCCGGUGUUCAUUGGUGCUGCAAAAUUGUCGGGUUGACAGGGUCCAUGAUGAUAUUUUUGUAACGAAGCGUCGGCUUUUAUACACGAGCGAACUAUUUGUACUUUGUUUCUCUUAGCAUUCCUUUUAAUUCUAGGUACUAAUGUAAAUUUUUAAGAUGAUCAAGCAAAUAUUAUUAUGUAGGCGUUAUUUUGUAGUGUCGACGUAACGACUGUUGCGGGAGUCGAUUUUUAGCUUUUACACCGAAGCUACAUGGAGGUAACUUAAUUCUCUCAAUGUGGCAAAAGGCUUCUUUGGCGAUGCCACAGACGCCGGCGUCGAGUUAGAUGUAGGUUUACGCCGCUAAGUAGUACGCAAAAGAUCUCAAGCCAGGCUGUCACAAUAAUUGAAUCUCUCGUUAAAAAAAUCUGCCAUAGAUGCAUUUAUAAUACGAAACACUAUAAGCUCUAUCAUUAUUUUAAUUUUGAUCUCAAAAACUCGGCUUGUUGGUGCUUCAUGAUUUCGUUUUGAGAUCAUAACGCGCAACGUUUAUACUCAUGUAUCUUAGUCUGGUUGUGCAGAAAGUUUGAAAAGUCAUUUUUUUUUUCGAGUGGCAACUUUCUUGUGUUGCAAGAAUGAUAUUUUCGUUUCCGGUUGUGAUUUUAUUGGAAUUUAAUAUCUAAUUCAUUAAAUUUCGUAAGUCGAUAAUUAAUCUUGAGGUCCACUUUUCACAUAAAUACUGUAGUUAUCACGUAUAUACAUAAAUAUUAUUGUAAAGUAUUGAGCACUCUCGUAUUCAUUGUAUUUGACUGUUUGUACAGGAUGUUUAAAAUAUCAAAAAAAAAAAAAACAAAAAAAUAUUGUACACUAUUAUUAAUAAGUAUGUGUGAUGUCUUCGUCUGUAGAAAAAAGUGUAUUUUUUUUCAGUAUUAGUUUUUAAAAAAUCACCUAGUAGUUCAUAGAUUAAUUUUAUUUGUUAAUUAUUUUUUUACGUACCAUAGUCUAAAAUGAAUACUGUCAGCUGCAAAAAUGAUUGUCAUUUUGUUUGUCACGGUAACAGUGUUGCCAUGUCAGUUUGUAGUACAACAGUAGUUUGUUAUACAUGUUAAGAAACCGCCUUUGGUUGUGUCAAUUUUUUUUUUUCAAAAUUUUGUCAAAUAAAGUUUAACUGAUUUUUUUCAA